AUGAGUUCCGGCAGUAAAAGAAUAAAGUUUAUAUCCAUAUCAGUUCCUGUGCUAUAUGGAAACCAUGCCAUACGGUUGACUCCGGAAAAAAGGAAGCCUACUACUCCGACAGACCAUACUCAUGAAUGGACAGUUUUCUUCAAACCCGUUCUUAAUAACAUAGAUUUAACUCCAUUAAUUAAAAAGGUGACAUUCAAACUUCAUGAAACCUACGAAAAUCCCGUGCGAUCAAUCGAGAAGCCACCAUAUCAAGUAACUGAAACUGGAUGGGGUGAGUUUGAGAUCAUCAUCAAGAUCCAUUUCCAUUCUGGAGCUGAAUUAGGAGUAAAUGAGAAGAACUUCCAGAUCUUCCAUGGGUUAAGAUUACAUCCUUUCAAUCCUCAGCACCCUACGAAAGAGAACGGAGAAGUCCAUUCUGUAUUAUACGACGAGUUGGUGUUCCAGGAACCAACGGAAAGAGUGUUUGAGAUCUUGACUCGCAAGCCAUCCAAUCUUUUGCCAUAUAAGCUUUCAGAUCCUGACAAAAGAUCGCAAGAAUUCAUCCGAACUGACGAAAUGGAUGAGUUGGCUAGGUUAGAUGUAUACAUCAGUAAGGUGAGAGAGGAAAUAGAGAACCAGCGAAAUCAGUACAAGGAUUUGGAGCAAGAGAAGUUGGCGUUACUUCAGUAA